CUGCUUCGAUUGUCAGCUCGUCAUUUGUGUCACGGACAAGCUGGAGUGAAGUCCUUGUUUUUCGUUAUCGGAUACAUUUUCUUCCACCCCUUCAUGAAAAGAAAAUUUUCAUCCGUAUUGUGGGUGGAGUGUGUGAGGUGAAGACAUUUUCCUGAACUACUGAGGGCUCUUUGUUCAAGUUGUGAAUCUCGGAAUAUGUAAUUACAAGUGUUUUCCACUGCCAUCUAUAAGAUUGGUGUGGGAUUGAUAAGAUAGAAUUGUCCAGGAUAUGCACUGCAUUGUCCUGUAAAAUAGCGAACACAGUUUCGUAAUCGAUCGAAGAACUAAAUUGCGGCGCAAUCGAUUAGUCUGAUGGCUAACAGCGUUACGAUGAAACGACUAGAGACUUUUUAUUCAUUUCAACUCGUGCCAGAUCUUUGACGUUGUUCAGUAAAGUGUUGCGUGCAAAAGUGAAUUUUCUUAGCAUCGCGUGAAGGAUAACCAACCUAUUCGAUACACGAAGUACGAAGUAGGUUUGAAAUUUUCUUCUGACGUAAGGCCCGUGUGGAAUGCACAGCAGUGAAAGAUAAUCGUUCUCUAUGUGUUUUGUUAGCCACGGUUUCGAAAUUGGAAUUGCGUGGGUGUAAGGCGUUUUUGCAUACAUUGUGGCCAAAAGGCGAUCUUUUGCAAAAAAUAUAAGUGGGGGAAAUUAUAAAAAUGUUUCUAGUGCGAGUUAUAUUUUGUAUUCUAGGUGUACAUGAGAAUACAACAAACAGUGAAUAAAAAAAUAAAAAGGAUAAGAAAAUAUCCGCGAGAAAAUCUGUGUUAAUCUAAAUGUGAAUAAGUGUUGAACAAGUAUGUUCUUGAAGUAGAUUUUGCUUCAAAUCCAAUUACCCAUCUUGUUGUGGAACUGGAACUCUCUUAUGCUGCUUGAGUGUGCAAAAGAGUUCUGGUGAGUUAUUUGUGGGUGUAUGUUUCGUAAAGCGUGAGUUAUUGUCACGCUGUUGCAAUCGACAUGGAUCAGCAUCCGCUUAUGGUGGCGAAUGAAAACAUCCACGACAGCGGCAUUAUUGAGGAUGUCCAUCAGGAAUCGGAGGACACUGGCAAUGAGGAAUACGGUGAUGAGUGCAAUUUGGAGUCCAAUUUACGUCGUCGAAAAGGAAAAAUUAUCUCGUGCGUUGAAAAUGCAUCCAGACUGAUACGACGACGAGUGCCAUGUGCAGGACACCUCAUGACGCCACGGCGGCUGUGGUUGAACAAAAUUCCAACUCAAUGCGACGUGGUGAUUGAAUUUCCAGAGGAUGCCCCGGAUGACGCUCUACGAUGGCUCUUAAGUAAAAUUAAGGCAACCCCACCAGAAGGCCUUGGUCUAUCGACACUGGUGAGAGCACAUGACAGUACAAAACGAACCGCUUUCUAUGUCACAGCUCCGAUGAAUGUGUUGUUCAAAGCAGCAGAGGAAGCACGUCUACCGAAAAGACUGCGAACGGACCUCGGUGGGGCGCUGAAGGAGUUUACAAAACGGGAAAGUCACUGUUUCGCCCAAACGAAGGAUAAUGAUGGCGCAAACACAUUGUUUACGUCUCAAGAGCGACAAUGGCUUGUGCUGCAGGUACUGCAAGGACUAAGAGCCGGGGCUUCGGAUCUGCAAGCGCUACAAGGAAGGGCACAGGUCGAGGAAGGUCAGAGCAUAGUGGCGGCCUGGCAGGAGUUGGGUCUGAUAACACAAGUGUUUCCUCUACACGAAACAAGCGCCUUACAACAGUUGCAGUCCAGUUGGGUCCGGAAGUUUUUUGCACCCCAGCCGUUAGAUGAUAUUGCGGCGUACUUUGGAGUGAAAGUUGCUUUAUAUUUUGCUUGGUUGGGCCAUUAUACGUGCGCUCUGUGUGUUCCUGCCGUGCUAGGAACGAUUCUGUACAUUGGACUGUGGGGUCGUGGACAGACUGCCCAGGAUAUUGGACAUGUCAUAUUCUCGCUGUUCAACGUGGCGUGGGCGUCCUUGUAUCUGGAGGCUUGGCGACGGUAUUCUGUUGAACUUGCCUUCAGAUGGGGCACGCUUUCGACGCCGCCGGAACUGUUGGAACCUCCAAGGCCGCUGUACAAAGGUCCACUGGAAGAAAGUCCUGUUACGGGGCGACUGGAGCCUCGGGAGGCUCCAGCCUGGCAGCGCCGUGCGUUUCGGUACCUAGUUAGUUUUCCAAUAAUUGGACUCUGUUUAGUGCUAGUGUUUGUAGUGAUGUUCCUAAUGUUACGACUUCAGGAUUGGCUCGAUCAGCACCUACCAAAUUCCAACGAUGGCCUCUGGGAUUGCAUGUGCAUGGCGUCGAAGGACUGGUGGGAUGAGAAACUCCCAGAGCAAGGCAUUUUCAGUUGUUUGAGCGUGAUACCAAAGGUCCUCCUAGCCGGCGCCAUUACGCUGAUGGACGAAGCGUACUACAAGCUGGCAGUCUGGUUGAACGACAGAGAGAGCUAUCGACUGCAGUCUAAGUAUGAGAACCACCUAAUCGCGAAAGUGGCUCUGUUCCAAUUUGUGAACAGCUUCUUGUCGUUGUUCUAUAUUGCAUUCUAUCUUCGUGAUCAAGAUAAGCUGAAGGAGCAACUGGCUGGUUUGCUCAUAUCGCGACAAAUUAUCGGCAAUCUACGCGAGUCAGCCUGGCCGUACUUGGUGGAGCAGUGGAAGCUGGCAAAAUUGAGUUUUAAAAUGUGGGGCGCGUUAAGUCCUACUCAGGAGGCUCCGCCACCCCCGAGUGAAAACAAGCAGUUGGGUGAUAGCAAGAGUUCAUCGGACUGCACUUCAUCGACGCCGAAACGGUCUAUUAACCAGGCUGAAAUCGAGAGCUCAUUGUACAAAUAUGACGGGACGUUCUCCGAUCAUCUAGAAAUGUUAGUUCAGAUGGGAUAUGUUGUCCUGUUUUCCUCAGCGUUUCCACUGGCUGGACUGUGUGCGUUAGCGAACAAUUUGUUGGAGAUACGGUCAGAUGCCUUUAAACUUGCUCAUGUACACCAACGGCCUUUUGGGCAACGAGUUGCUAAUAUUGGCACGUGGCAGAAUGCUUUGGGCAUGUUGGGAUUGGCAGCUGUGAUAGUGAACUGUGCUCUUAUUGGUUUGUCGGGGCAAGUUUCACGUCUUUGGCCUGGAUUAACGUCGACACAGACUGUGAUAUUGAUAGUUGCCCUCGAGCAUGUCAUGCUUGGAUUGAGGUCUGCACUUACAUGGCUGUUACCCGAGCUUCCAUCGUGGUUAGCUGCUGAGAUUGCGCGUGCAGAGCACUGCCGUCGGGAAAUGCAAUGCAAAGGACCUUCGCCACGACAAACCCCACCGUCUCCACCAUCAUCGACAUCGCUAUCACACCAUGAUCAGGACUUCAACAGCAACCAGGACAUUUUCGACAAAACGGAACAAUCCGUCGGCAGAUUUCACAUCUCCUCUAGUCACGAUAAUCAGGAAAACGAUUUAGAGCGGGUCACACUGACGAAUGUGGCGGCAAAACUGGACAAUUUUUCUAGUCAGCAGCUACAACAGCAACAGAAGCAGCAACAUCAUCACCAUCCCCACCCACCAGCACAACAUCAUCAACACCAUCACCUCCUGCAGCAGCAGAAAAAAGACUCGCACAGCAGCAACGAUAACAUGGACAUCUUUGCCACCGAAACGCGGGAGGUUACACCGGACUCGCCGCUUUCGCAGACCAGCACACUAUUGUUACGACCUCUUCAAGAUUCUCCCCUUAGUGGUCAAUCAGCACAAACUGUUGCAUUAGAGUCUACACAUUCGAGCUCAGGUGCAUGCCCAAAGAAGCCAAGCAUUAAUCUCGCUGAAAUUCCGCCAUUCCGUGGACAAUCGAUGAAGCACAGUUAUAGUAUUUACGAUAAGCGAAGCAUCAAUCUUGGUGAAACCAUGAGUCCCCGAGUGGCAUCGCAGCCUAUUCAAAUCCCAGAGAUUCCACCCUUUCGCAAGCAGGCACACUCCACCAUGCAUUCGCCCGUCAAUCAGAGCCCGCAGAACGUUUCCUCGGCGAACGCGUCGCCACCCAGGAUACCGGAAAUACCUCCCUUCCGACCGCGUAUCAAGUCCAAAGAAUGGAUGCCCAACAUCGAGGUGAGCCGAAUAAAGCACACCGAACACCAUCUCACGAUUGGACCUAGUGGAGGUGCAGAGUGGGCGAAGCGUUUGAAGGCGGCAGAUCCUUCCAUAAUUCACAGAAGCACCGACUGCAUUGUAGCGAAGCAACAAGAGCUGGCGACAUCAUCCGACUCCGAGUUGCUGAAAGGAGCACCGUCGUGGAGCAACAUGUCACCUAAACCUGCCGUUGAGCAACCCGGAACCAGCUCAAGUGCACCCACCAUUAAGCCACAAACCGAAGAGGAAGCCAAAGCGGCAGAGCUGGCCGCCAAGAAAUCACGACUGAAGCAAAGCCUGGUGAAGCGGGCACGUUCGGUGGCAAUAUUCUCCCUGAAGUUGAAGGAACAACGCGCGAAGCGGGCCGAAAAGGCAGCCCAAGAAGCCAGAGAAGCACUCCCAGCGCCUCCUCCGGGCGGUGAACUGUCGCUGAUUCCCAUCGAGCAACUGAUACAAGUGGAUGAUGUUCUGAACCAGCGCAAUCAAACGCACCAAGCUAGUAGCACCAGCACCAAUAUCAGUACCAGCAACAACGGCUCAGGGAGUACGUAGGACACAAGAUAUGCUUUAUAACGGUCGACGUUGCCGCCGACCGUAACGCGAUAGGAAAAGGAAUUUCCUUGUACAGCAUUUAUGAGAGAGAUACAUAUAAUAACACAUCAAAGCUCGUUACAUUGACUAGCCUAGCAGUAGAAUCAGGGGUAAAGCGAACGAAUGAUUCCAGGUCAAAUCAACGAAUCGAUUCACAUUUGGUCAGGGACAGGAAAAAAUCAGUUCGUUUAUAAGCAGCGAACACUAGAAACCCUGCACAUAAUCAAAGUCGUUAAUCCAUCACAAACUAGAUGGUGUUAAUAAGUGAUGCUCCAGCCAGACUCGUAUUCACGUUUUCAAAAUAUCGAUAUGGCAUUUUCUGAUCAAGAAAGCUGAAUUAAAGUGUAUGUGCAUUCACUUGAUGAACUUCGGUUCCCAAGAAAGAACGCAGCUCUGUGAUAUUCCUCGAUGGAGGCAUCUAGGAUAUUAUUACCUUAAUUGCAUCUUAUCUGGAUUGGCUUGUCAUCCGUCACGAUCGAUGACGUGCACCAGGUAUUUCACCUGCCUGUGCCUGUGUAACACAGAACUUCAGUUGAAAGCCAAACGCCUGAAUUCAUUUCAUGGAAUUGUUCAGGUUUCGUUUUCACUACAACUUCAAUCAUGUUUUCAAAAAAAAAAAAGUUAUAAAAAGUACUGCAGGAAUUAAUUUCAAAAAGAUUGUAACGAUAUCGUUUUUCAGGUAAAAUUUGAAUCCACUCAGUUGGUAGGAUUUAUUGAUGCCAUUAUGUUUCUUCGUGAACCGAAAAAAAUGGGAAUCUCAUAUGAAGGAUUAUUGUCUAUACCUUAAGUUCUAUACUGCCCACAAUCGCAUAUUUGUCCCAUAUGAAUAGUAAAUCUAGCAAAGAUGGGACUGAUAUGCCAUCAUAGGCAGUAUAGUUGGCAUCAAACCUAUUUUUAAUUAAUAAAAUGUGUUCAAUUUAACACUGGUCUUUUGUCUAUAAUACAUAUCAAAUCGGGAAUUUAUAGACUUAUAGCGUUUUUAAUUUUUCGAACUUAUUACCUAAUCAGCGCUGUUAAAAUUACCCACAAUCAAAUAUUUGAUUUUGUGAUGGUCGUGAUGGUAUAAAAUUUGAUGAGAAAAGUGUUGAGUGAAAUUUCGAGAAAUGACUGGCAUUAAAUAAAUUAAAAACUGACAGAUCGUUAAAUAAAUUUUGUCGUUUGGAUGUUUUGACCUCGAAUGAUCCAAUUAUCGUUGAAGGCUAAAUCAGCAAAAACAAGAAUCGAAUUUGUAUAUACAGUGUAGAAGCUAAAAAAUACAAAAUAUUUGAGAGGAAUUUUAAUCGUAGUUCUUUGCAAUAGUGAAUAAUCGAUGUUUAGGAAUUUUACACUAAUGAAAAUAAGAGUGCAUAAAAAUAUCAUAAAAAAAGUAGGCGAUGGUCGGUAUUAUUAAUCUGAAUGGGUGAUAUAAAAGAGUGGUAUGUGCUUAAAUGACAGCAGUAUGGAAUCCAGUCAACACAUCAGACCUCAAUUUGACAGAAAUAUGCUUUAUGUUGAAUGGAUUUGCAAAUCGCAUUGAGUUCAAGAUGUUUGCUGGAAUAAAAAGGCGUUCAUUGUUUGUAAUAUAAUAUUGGGUGCUUCUCUAUACAGUAUUAUAUAUAUAUUGUUGAAAAUGAAUGAACAAUGAAGUGCACAAAUGGGACAAGAUUGUUCAAGGGAUUCGAGUGUGACUAUUAUUUACGUGAUACCAUACGAUACCAUUUGACAUAACAAAAUGUUCUGUCAAGUGAUAUGGCCAAUCUGAACAUGUAUAAACAAAAAGGAAGCCUACGAUCGAUAAUAUGGCAAAAGUUAGCCAUCACAACGUGAAUUAUUAAAAGAUGAUGACUUGACAAACGAUAAGUUUAAAUAUUGAAUUAUGAUUUAUCGAAUGGACUGAGAAUCAAAAUCACCGUAUCCAGAUUGGAAACCAUGAAUUUUUGCUAUCACUAAGCUAACAAGGGUCUCGCGAUAAUUAAUAUAUUAAAUGUAUUAAUCCAUAUUUUGUGCUUAUCAUAGGAAUCAGACGGCAAUAAAUUUCUGAAAAACUGUCCAAUACGCCAUCGUCUAAAAAGUAGCAUAUGGUAAAAUGUUUUUUUUUCGUAGAUUGUAUUUUGUACGCAAUGUUUAAUAAAGAUGAUUUAACAUUCAGGAGGCUUAGGAAGCUGGCGAUUAGGUUUAUUUUAUUUAUCGAUAUAUUUAAAAGACUGGUUCGCCUAUUUAAUGGAUUAUUAAUUACAAACUCACGAAAAAACACAAGCAAUCAUUUUGUAUUUAUUAUAAUUAUUGUGACAUUUUUUAUUAUUACUUUUAUAUAUAGUGACAAUCUUUAGUGCAUUAAUUAUUUAACCUAAUUUAUAAACAGAUAGCUAUGCAAGAUUAAGCAACUUACAGUGCAAAAACAAAUGUCCAUGUCCAAGCGGCGAUGUGAAUCUCAUGCAAUAAUAAUUACAGUACAAUCGAAUGUUAUUUUCUACAUUUAUCGCCAAGUAUAAAUAUUUUGCAUGCCAGCGGCUAUGACUGUAUUUAGCUUAUAAUAUAAAUAAUGGUUGAUAUAUUAGUAAAAACAACUUGCUUUGAACUGUCGAACAGAUCGGCUACAAAAUAACCAAUCCGUCAAGUCAAUUAGGCCAAAUCACAUGGAAUGCUGACAGAAUAGAAUUUGUAACCGUCUGAAAAGAAAACAGUCGAAAUAGUAAACUUAUUAUCACCGGAUGCACAAUCGAUAAGUUAAUCGAUGUAGUGAAGCUGGAUCCGCAAUGCAAACUAUAAGCACAACGGUUUUAAACUGAGACUUAGAAAAAACACUACUGUUGAAAACUAUCCACAUCUAAUCUCUGUAGAUAACAUUAUUUCAUCUAAACUGUAAUCCGUAACUCUUUAUCAUUACAUUGUAACUUUACAUUCCUAGGGAAAAGUAGAAACAAAUCACACUACUUAUGGCUCCCACCUAACAACUAACCCCUCUAAACAAUUGAUUCCGCCUGUCAUAUUUUACUCUAGGUGUCCAGAUGUUUGCAGAUACAAAGUUACAUGCAUUUAAGUUCACCAUCCUGCCAAGUAUGUUUCGAACAAAAUGCUUUGCAAUGAAUUUUAUCAAGUCUAAUACUAAAUCAAACGCAAAGGUCACCUGAAAUGGCGAGAUGAUUGUUACUAACAUGACGAACAAAACAUUAAAUACAAUACUGCAGUUGAGUAGGCAAAAUUGAACAUUGUAUAUAAAACUGUAUUUUUAUUUUCUUUUGGGAAAUAAAAUGUUGAUGUUACUUGAAA